GGCUGAGGCUGCUGCAGACGUGGUCGGGAUGGGGACCGGGAGGUGACCAUGAUGGGGAGCCUCCUGCUGCUGCGAUGGCUGGGGCUAGGGCUGGCAUGGUGGGCCGCCCUCUGGCUGCCGCCCGCGAGAGGCAAGACGGUCCGCGGAGGCUUCUCCAGCGCCGCUGCUGCCCGAAGCCAGGCGGUGGCCCAGUUCCAGUUCCACGGUGAUUGUGCUCUUCUGUAUGUCAGAAUCAGCAAUGUAGCAACAGCUGUUGGAAAAGAAGCCAAGCUUCACCUAUUUCAAGCUCAGGAAUGGCAAAAGUUACAAGACAGCACACAGGAUUACAGCUGUAAAGAAAAGCUAUCCAAAGCUCAGCUCAUAAUGAGCAUGAACUGCACUGAACAGAAUUUGACAGUGUCCCAGGUUCCAUAUCCAGACACAUGGUACGUGUUUUAUGUCGACAAGUUUACCUGUGCAGAGAAUUAUGAGAAUUCUGAAUCCGAGGAUGUUCAGUUUGAAAUGGUGUUACUAAAUCCCGAUGCGGAAGGGAAUCCAUUAGAUCACUUUAGUGCAGGGGAAUCAGGCCUACACGAGUUCUUCUUCCUACUUGUCCUGGCAUAUUUUGUUGGUGCUUGCAUAUAUGCUCAGUCAUUGUGGCAGACUAUGAAGAAAGGAGGCCCUAUGCACACAGUGUUAAAAGUACUGUCCACUGUUUUGCUGUUGCAGGCUGCUUCAACUUUUGCAAACUAUCUGCAUUUUUCAAGUUAUUCGAAAAAUGGAGUGGGAGCACCUUUCAUGGGAAGCCUUGCAGAAUUGUGCGACAUAAUCUCUCAGAUGCAGAUGCUGUACCUACUGCUGAGUUUGUGUAUGGGAUGGACAAUAGGAAGAAUGAAGAAAUCUCAGAGUAAACCUCUCCAGUGGGAUUCUACUCCAACGUCCACUGCCAUUGCUGUAAUUGUUGUUGUGGCUCAGAGUAUUCUAUUAAUAUGGGAGCAGUUUGAAGACACUAAUCACCACAGUUACCACUCACACCAAAGUUUAGCAGGUGGACUUCUUAUUGGCUUAAGAAUUUGCCUAGCUCUUUCUCUAGGCUGUGGACUCUACCAGAUCAUUCGAAUUGAGAGAAGUACAUUGAAAAGAGAAUUCUAUAUUACCUUCACAAAGGGCUGUAUCCUCUGGUUUUUGUGUCACCCAGGUCUUGUAACUAUAUCUCUAAUGUUUAGAGAUUAUCAGCGAGAGAAGAUUAUUACCAUCGGUGUCAUCCUCUGCCAGUUGUUCUCCAUGGUUCUUCUAUAUCGACUCUUUGUUUCUCACAGCCUUUAUUGGGAAGUGUCCUCCUUCUCUUCCGUGACAUUGCCCUUAACUGUAGCAUCUGGACAUAAAAGUCGGCAUCACUUCUGAGAUGCAUUUGGGAGAUGCAUCGACAGAGAUGCAAUAAGGACUGAAAAACGGUGACUGUUUUAAGCUGGAAUCCAUUAUAGAUGAGUUUUGUUUUGUUUUUUCUGGAGGAGCUAAAUAAUUAAAAUUCAACACUUAACUUUUCACUGGAUCAUGACACAAACAGGAAUGAAGUGUAUUUUAUCAACAGCAACAACGAAAUACAUGGUGGUUCCUGCUGUUCUGGAUGGAGACCAAGAACACUCUUAUCCAUGAUAUCGCCACUCCAAAACACCAUCAGAGCUUUAACUGAUUGCAUAAAAUAGUCUCACAAUUGGAAUAAUAGAUUGGUUGAAAGUUGCUUUGAAACAAAGUGUUUGUGCAUAAGUUUAAAGGGUCUUAACAAUUGUAAUUGGACCAGGAAGCCAGUGUAAAAUGUUUACAGUGAACUGUAGUUCUGUUGUAUGUAUUUUUAAUAUAUAAAGCACUUUCUUGCCUUGAAGUUUGGAUGUAGUUCAAAUUUUAGUUCCAUCACCAGCUGCUUUUUACAUUCUGUGUUUUAUACAAAUGUUACAAGAGUAUAUGGGUGAUGGACUAAGUACAGAGUUGUUGUUUUUUAAAAAUGCAAUAUUAAGAUUAUAAUAACAGCAGGCUUGUGUCUCCUAGACUGACCGAGGGUGGGGGAGGGAUGGAAUGUGUAAUGCAGCACUAGAAUUUUAAUCCUGAUAUAAUUCAUUACUCUUACACUGAGGAUUCAAUCAUAAUUAAGCCAUAUUCACAGAUUAAAUUAACAGAAGCAUUUCAAAUAAAUGUUAGUUUCAAUCACCAACUACCCAUGAAUUCCUGUCCAAGGAUACUUAAUCAGGAUUAAAUUUUCUCUGAAUAAUUGAAAAACAAAAUACUCACUGGAUUUGUUAUAAUCCAUGUUGGCACUGGGUUCUAAGUAGUUGCCAUCUUCCACCCGUUGUAGUAGAACCACACUUUUAAAUGAUGCCUAGCUUUCAGACUGCCAUUGUAAAUGCGUACUUUUAUUGAAGUGCCUGUUUAUUGCUCAAGAUUGCAAUCAGGGAUACGUUUUGCAAUAUGAAUAAAUAUUCCUGUUUUAGUAA